UCGUAGGGCUUACGGUAGUCAAUUUAUAUGGUGGGCCAAGGGCUGAGUAGGCAGGAUCUCAAUUCAUAUUUAGGCCCUUAGCGUUCAGCCUACAACUAGGUAGACAAUGACGAUCACGAUCCUUCCCUGGAUUCGGUGGCCGUGGACAUCAGCAUAGCGCAGAACUAUCCGGAGAGCGAAUUCUACUACAUUAGGAAUGAUAUAUUAAGACAGCCUCGCCUCUCAGCUCAUGGCCGACCAUGUCAACGAGCCUAGCACUGACCACUAAUCCGGCCGUCGUGUCCUGCAUCCUUCCUGCAUCUGUGUGAGUUCUUCAACCCGCUACUGACCGUUGAACAAUAUGCACAUACGCAAGCAUUGGGCGACGCUGGUUGGCGUACUGGCGUUAGCGCCUGCUCUUGUGCCGGCUACCACACUUUACAUGUCACCCAGUGGGAGCGACAAAAACACCGGGACAAGUGCGACCAAAGCCUUGAAAUCUCUCCUAGGGGUGCUUGACCAAGUGAAGGCCGACAAGCCCAAGGAUGCGGUGAAGAUCGUAGUCGCCGAAGGCACUUACCUCAGCCAGACAGUGGCCUGGAAUUACUUCAACGGCAAGCCCAUCACCUUCUCACCGCCCGCAGGUGCUAAAACGAAGCCGGUCUUCGAUGGCGAAGGCACUGGCCUGACAUGGUUCACGAUGUACGACAGCACCGACGCCGCAAAGCCCACCAACCUACAUUUCAUUGGGCUCAAGGUGACCAAUUACUGGCUGGGCCUGGACCUGGGACGCAACAAGGAGCCGGGUAACAGUCAAAACGAGGUGCGGUCGAUGCUGUUCGAGCGCGUCGGCGCUUUCUACACCAAGGGGCUCCCGCAACCUAAGGGCUACGCCGCUUUGCGAAUGCAACGAUCGAGCAACAACAUUAUCGCGGACAACCGCUUCCACGGCGUCAAGAACUCUGCCAAUGCCGGCGGCAUGGACCUGACAUCCUACAUCCACGCGAUCUACGCGGCGCACAACUCCACCGACAACGUAAUCUCGGACAACGAGUUCAACCAGGUGACGGGUGACGCAGUCCGCACACGCGACGGCUCGAACAACAACCUCAUCGAGGGAAACCUCUUCGUCACGGCGGGGAAGUACUCGGCCUACUCGGACUGGAUUGCGGAGACGGGAGACGAAUGCCCUUCGUACGGCAACCUCUUCAAGGACAACACAGUAGGUGAUGGUUACUUUGGGGCUUUCAAGGAUGGCUAUAUCACUCAUACCUAUGGCCCUGAUGAUCGUUGCGGCACGAUACCAGCGCGCAUUACUGAGAACGGUACUAUUGUGCAGUAGCGCAUUUCAGACAGCCGACGUAUGCUAGCGCUAGUAGGAUUUUUAAAUUAUGGCUGAGCUCUAACUACCAUACUACACUAUAUCUUGUCGCUUAGAUGAACUAUCGUGAUUGUGAGAGGAGCACCUAUUUCAGUUCAACGGACGAGCUUUAAUUCAGCACUUCAUGAAUCUGUGUUCAUGAAUCCAAUGGGAUAUUGAGGACCUCGCAUAUGAUCCGCCCUCUCUGAUGUGGGUGAGCUGGUCAAAGAUAGUUUUUGAUCACUUAGUCAUCAUAGGA